UCCGAUCUGGCAACGCAGCCAAAGCCGCUCUCCUGCUGUCGUCACCGAGGUCAGGUAGACGGAGCGAAGAUGGCGACCGCCUACGAGAGAUACAAUUUGCACACGACCCCAGAGAAGUUCUACAUUGAGGCGUGUGAUGAAGGCGCAGAUGCCGUACUCGCUAUCGACAGGGUCUCCAACGAGAUGACCCUGACAGGGAGAAACAAUGUCCCUCCCUCAACAGUGACCCGGCCCAUCUGUGGCAUCAUGGGCACCAUCCGACUGGUGGCAGGGAUGUACCUGAUCGUCAUCACCAGGAAGAAGAACAUCGGGAGUCUGAUGGGUCACGCCGUGUGGAAGGCCGUGGACUUCGACAUCAUCUCCUACAAGAAGACCGUGCUCCAUCUGUCGGAAAUACAGUCUCAGGAGAACAAAACCUUCCUGUCCAUGCUCAACAACGUGCUCAACACAGACGGCUUCUACUUCUGCACAGACUUCGACCUGACGCACACGCUGCAGAGACUCGCCAACACCAGCCCGGACUUCCAGGAGAUGAGUCUGCUGGAGCGGGCGGAUCAGAGAUUUGUGUGGAACGGAAACCUCCUACGAGAACUAGCAGCACAACCCGAGCUUCACAGGUUUGCUCUCCCAGUCGUCCAUGGAUUUAUUUUCAUGAAGCCGUGUCGGAUCAACGGGAAAGUGUUUGAGUGGAUCCUGAUCUCGAGGAGGAGCUGUUUCAGAGCCGGAGUCAGAUACUACGUCAGAGGGAUCGACUCUGAAGGCCACGCUGCAAACUUUGUGGAGACGGAGCAGAUCAUUUUGUAUGAAGGGUCCAAGGCCUCUUUUGUACAGACUCGAGGGUCCAUGCCGUUUUACUGGAGCCAGAGGCCCAAUCUCAAAUACAAACCCAAACCCAUCAUCAGUAAAACCGUCAAACACAUUGACGGCUUCCAGAGACAUUUUGAUUCACAAGUCCUCAUUUAUGGAAAACAGACGAUUCUAAACCUGGUGAACCAGAAAGGAUCCGAAAAACCUCUAGAACAGGCGUUUGCUAGAAUGGCUUCUGAAAUGGGCAAUGGUUUACUCAAUUACAUAGCGUUUGACUUUCACAAAGAGUGCAGUCACAUGAGAUGGGACCGGCUCCAGAUCCUGGUGGACGCUGUGGCUGAAGCACAAGACGAAUACGGUUUCUUCAUGGUGAACGCAGAUGGAAAGACUUUAGCUCAGCAGAAGGGCGUUUUCAGGAGUAACUGCAUGGACUGUCUGGACAGAACCAACGUGAUCCAGAGUCUGCUGGCCCGGCGCUCCCUGCAGGCUCAGCUCCAGAGGAUGGGUGUUCUGAACGUGGGCCAGAGGAUUGAGGAGCAGGCUGAGUUUGAGAAAAUCUAUAAGAAUGCCUGGGCCGACAACGCCAACGCAUGUGCAGUUCAGUACGCGGGGACCGGGGCCCUGAAGACGGACUUCACGAGGACGGGGAAAAGGACCCAGUGGGGCCUGCUGAUGGACGGCUGGAACUCAAUGAUCCGUUACUACAAAAACAACUUCUCAGAUGGAUUCAGACAAGACGCCAUUGAUCUGUUCUUGGGUAAUUUUGCUGUGGACGAGUCUGACGGACCAACUCCACUCCGAGAGCAGAAGGACUGGAAGUUCCUCACUCUGCCCAUCAUCAUGCUGGUGGCCUUCUCCAUGUGCAUCGUGUGUCUCCUCAUGGCCGGCGACACGUGGGCAGAGACUCUAGCGUACGUGAUGUUCUGGGGCGCGGCGAGCACCAUCACGGCCGCCAUCAUCCUGUACAACGGCCAGGACUUCGUGGACUCGCCCAAACUGGUGCACAAGGAGAAGCUGGACUGAAGUUUGUGUGUGCCUGUGUGAGUGUGGUACUGCGUGUGUCUGAGAGGGAGCGGAGCCGGGCGGGGCCUCGGCUCUGCUCCCCCCACUCACCCCCUAAACCCCCCCUGAUCCCUCGCUCCCUCCACCAGACUGAUCCAAUCCUCUGUGCUGACGGCAUCCUCGUACAAACAAGCCAGGUUCUGAGUUUGAAAGCUGCAGACUAGAGGUGGGCAAACUCGAUAAAUGAUCAUGGUUUGUUAAUGAACGAACCAAAACUGAAAAUUGAACGGACGUAAUUCGCAGAUCGUAAAGGCUGCGGUUUUUGAAGCACCAUAAUUUCCUCCACAAACACAAAAAUAUUCACUUUUAUCCACCAUAAAACAGCCCCGUAGUUUAGAUCUGCACAAACAUGUUCAGAAAUGUGAUUCCAGUUCAGUGUUUUCAUGUAAACUUUGAGCUAAAUCCUAUUAUUAAAACAUGAUUCGCUAUUUUUUUUUUUUUUCAAAAUUGUUGCGCUUUAUUUUGAAGGCCCAGGUGUAGCUCUUGAAUAUUUGUGUUUUUUUAAGUAAUUUUGGUGAUUCUUUACUUUACUGCAUGGUAAUAACAUUGUAAUAAGAUAGAAAUAACAUGGUAAGAGUGAGUUCACACUUGGCUUCACUGCAUUAUAUUGGUAUUAAACUCUAACUAACUUAACUAAAACUGGGACCAGACCGGGACCAGACCAAAUCCAUAUUAAGACUCGAGCUGGACCAACAUCAGGAUAAGUCUUGCACCUCCUACUUGGGGUAAACUGGAACUAAACCCAGAACUAGACCAGAACCAUAAGACUAAACUAAGUCUACAUCAGAACUGGGACACAACUCAGAACUAAAACUGGGACUAGAGCGGGACUAGACAGAUCUAUAUUAAAUCCAAAACAGGUCCCAAACUAGGACAAAUCUCAUAAAGAGACCACAUCCUAAUUGGGAAUAAACUGAAAUUAAACCCAGGACUAAACCAGGACUAAACCAGGACUGGGACUAAACUCAGAACUAAAACCAGGACUAGAGAGGGACUGGACCAGGUCCAAAACGGGUCCCAAAUUAGGACGAAUCUCGUAAAGAGACCACGUCCUAAUUGGGAAUAAACUGAAAUUAAACCCAGGACUUGACCGGGACUAAAUCAGGACUAAACAAGGACCAGUAUUAAAUCAAGUGUGAACGCAAACUGUGUAAUUACAUGAUUAUUACUCAAGACCCAUAUUUCAUUCUACAUUAUUUCCUUGUGGUAUAAUUAACUCUUAAUUCAGUGUAUUAACUAUUCUGUUGAUACUAGGGAUGGGCAUGAUUAAUCGAUAAUUGAUCAUUAAGAAUUUCAUCGAUUACGUUCAUUUUAAUCGACAAACCGAAUGUAUGUUGCUGUGUGUAGUGUGACCAAACAGGUGUGUACAUGUGUCUCUGCAUCAGAAGGAGCGAGACACAAACAUUCGGUCAGUCUGCAACGUACCGAAGCACAAAUGCGUAUUUAACGAUCAUUUGUACAAGAAAUUCCACGCUUUCCGUUGCGUUCGGGACAAGUGUGAGUCCAUGUGCACAGUGUAUAAAGCAGCACAUAUGUUUCUGUGUCCAGUGGGAAAAAGUUUUACCAGGUGAGAGUCGCUCAAUGUGGAUGACGAGUCCCCGCCCCCUCCCCCCCGUACGGUGUCCUGGUUUUGACAAACACAAAUCUGGUCACACUAACCUGUAUUCACCUGAGUCAUGUCUUUUAAUCCAACAGAAAUUGACCGCAUCAGCGACACAAGAGCUGUAGUUUUAUCUUCGCUGAGUUUAUGCAAAUUAGCGAUGCGGUUUUAAGUUUUGUUUCUGUGAGAGUUGCACAAAACUGAAUUAAACACAUUAUAAUGUCAAACGGGCUGAUGUGGCUCUAGAGUCGUUACGGUUUAUAUGUCGUAAAGUUGAAUUUAUUCAUGCAGAUUAGUGCAGAUAGUAAUAAUAAUGAUGAUCAUUUUAAUAUAAAAACGUUAAUGAUUAAUCGAUAAUCGAUCGUUAAUUCUUCCGACGAUCGAUUAAGAAAAUUUCAUCGAAUGCCCAUCCCUAGUUGAUACCAUUAUUAUCAAUAUCAAUUACAUUGCUAUUAACAUCUAUUACUGUGCUAUUACAUGUUAUAAAGUUCUACCAAUAAUAAGAAAGGAACAUUUUGAAAGACAAAUUUUUUAUUUUUUGCUAAGAAAAAUAAAGAAAUUGGGACUAAAAUGAGACUAAACCUAGACCUACACUUGAUUUGGUUCAGGUUUUAGGCCCAGUUUAGUCCAAGUCCAAUCAGGAUCAAGCGAAAAGCGAAAGCAGUGUUACGUUUUCAUCUUAAAUCCAUCAAUUUCUCAGUUAAUUUUAUAUACUACUUCACAUUUCUAUGAGCUUGCCUACGUCUAGCUUGCAUUGUACCUGGUUUUACUUUAAUUACAAGUUAUACAGAUAAUUUAUUCACUUUUAAUAUGGUUAAACGACUAAAAACGUGGUCACUUAACCCACUAAAAACCCAACGGAUUUAAUUAAUGCUUUUGUAUAACUUUUAAUUAAACUCUACUCAUUUCAUAACGUUAUAAUUUACACUCAUUUCACUUUAUUCGUAUCUUUCCUUCUUUUAGGUGAUGCAAAAAAAAAAAAAAGAUGAUUCUAGAUACCGUACGAUCUGUAUUAUCUCCAGAAUGUUGUAAAACGCCCCCUACUGGCCUCAUUGACAUACCGCACUCAUACACGCACACACAAAAGAAUGACUUGGCUGCUGGAGAGCUCGUUUUUGAAUGUACCAAGCCUUAAUAAUGUUGUAUAGUAGAACACGGCGGCUCUGAAUGGGACGCAGAGAGGCGGGCGUGGUCGUUUUUUGCACAUCGGAGCGCCGUGUCGUGUGCCGCCGGAUAUUAGAGGUAUCCAUUUUAACGUAUGUUCAUAGUCUGACCUGGUUUCAGACCUUUGGAAGCUGAAGUUGCGCUGUGUAACUUUUUGAUUGGAUUGCAGGUCCGUCCUUUGUUUUUUUCUAUAAAUAUGUCAUUUUUCUGCUCGGAAUGUUCCACGGUAUGACUUUAAACAGCUCUACGUAGCGUUUAUUCAAUUACAAGUGGUUUUAAAGCUCAAAAAUACCUUGAAAAACAACAUUCUGACUCUGUGCGGGGUCGUCUCGCCACAGAUCUGACUUGUAACUUGGUCUUGGAAAGGUUUAAUGCCGUAGCGAAGUGUUUAACGGACCAUCCACCAGAAAAGUUACACAGCGCAGCUUUAAUGUAAUAUUACAGAUGGUUACGCAAAAUGUCGCCAUGUUUUCUGAUUAUGUUUUACUAUAACGUUUAGAGAUUUUUUUUCUGUUUAAUUUGACUUUUUGAAGAUGCACCAUGGAACUUUUUUGGUGCAGAGUCUGUCACGUGCUUUUUUCCAUGGAGAUGUUAUUUCUUUGUCUGAAAUAUUCCACAGUAUAGCAUUAAACUACUUCUUCUUCUUGAAUCUUAUAUAUUUAUUCCAUUACAUGCACUUCUCCACAGAUCUGACCUGUAACUUGGUCAUGUUUCUUUCCAUUUGGUUUAAGAUGAGUUAGGUUUAAUGGUACGUUCAGACCACAGUGUCGUUUUCUUGUAGUGUUGAAGUCGACAGGGUCCCGAGACCAGGAUAUGACCAAGACCCCAAAGUCGAGACCGAGACAAGACCGAGACUUUAAAAGGCCGAAACAGAGACAAAACCAAGACCAUAGCCCAUCAAGAGCAAAUCAAGACUGUAAUUUUCGAAAUUUAUUUGUAGUUUACAGUUAUUUUGACACAUAUAUACAAAUGUUUUUAAAAAUCUAUCUCCAUUUGAUCACUCUUUGAGUGUCAGACCGAGACAAGACCGAGUCCAAACAUGGUCGAGACCAAGACUGGAAAAAAAAAUGGUUUCGAAGCCAGUCUUGAGACCAAGUCCGCUCUUGAGUACUACAACACUGUUAUCUUGUCAAACACUUUGGAUUUCUUUGCGUUUCAUUUUAGAAUUGUGUGAAAUUUGUCAAAAGUUAAUAUUUUUCUUCUCUGUUCUUCUUAAAUGCUCUACAUAUUUGGAACAUGCAAUGGAAACUUUGGACAAACCUGUUACUCAUAGACUUUGGAAACGUUCAUACAGCAAGGUUUAAUGCUUCGGAUUUUUUGUGAGUCUGUUCACAUUUCCAAUUAAAUGUGACUUGUAUGUGAUCUCCAGUGUGAACUUUAAACGCCCCAAAAGUGUCCCGCAUGAGCACUGGAGGACACGAUGACGUCACGUGCCGAGCAUGCUCACAGUUUACAGAAGUGACCUAAACUCUGGGCUUGUCUCCCAAAAUCCGGUCCAGUUCUUGGUAAAAUGGACAGUUUACACGUCCACGGUGUCUUUAACCUCCUCGUAUUUCACUCGCAAGCUCUUUAUUUUUCGUUGACAUUGGAGCCAGGACCGCCUUCUUUUCUUUGGCCAUCAUUUCAAAAAUCGACCCCUGAAUACAACGACCCCCCCCAAAUAUGAAUAAACUCUCUAACCUCGCUUUCCCUCCAUUGACGAGACUCCGAGCCUGACGUGUAGGUGGGAUGAAUGUGACCUGACCGUUCAGACUGAAGUCGCGUGUCAAAAGAUCGGAUAUGUAUCGGUUUUAGGAGCACAUAUCCAAAAAAUAAAAAAAAUCGGAUCUGUGUCGUUCAGACUGUCAUUAAAAGAUCAGAUACAGGAGCAUAGGGGAGAAAAAAAUGGAUUUAGGUCACUUUACAGGCAAAGCAGUAACAUCUCCAUGGUGUAAAAACAGGUGGCAGAUCCUUUAACCAUACAGCAACAAGGCUUUUAUAUAAAAAAUAAUUAAAGUUUGAUAUUUUUGGCGUUCGUUUUGCAUUUUCGUUCAGUAUUUGGUUCGUUUUGAGGUCUGAAGCCAGGUCCUAUGCUUGUAUAAACAUGAAGUAAACGCAUAUGGACCAAAACUGCUGUGUAAAAAUGCUAUUUCCUGAACUGAAUAUUGUACGUAUACCUCUUUAAAUAGUCCAUGUUAUGUGUGGAAUUUAUAAUACCAAAACGUUUUUCCCAUUUGACACACGCACACAAACAAACCAGAAAUGAAUUGUGAAGAAUUGCCACAUUUACAUUUCAAAUCCAGAAUUCGCGUAUUGUAUCCUUGACGAAAUUUGAGAAAAAUAUUAGAGUAACAGUAUUUUACCUUCACUUCUUUUUUUUUUUUUUUUCCUGACAGAGGUUUGGAUAUGACGUCACAUACACACAAAUAAACCCGAUUUCUUGUAUUACUGCCUUAUAAAAUACAGUACAAGUAUUUGGCUUAUUAAUAAUUAAGGAUAAACGGGAUAUUUUCUGUUGGUUUUUUUUUUCCAUCAUGCCUUCAUCUGAUUCAUUCCAGGUGUUUUUAAUUUUUUUUUUUUUUUUUUUGAAUUGUUAAAAUCAUUCCUGUAAAUGUUUUCUCGUGGUCGUAACUUUAGGCACACCUGCUCGAACGGUAAUAACAGGAAAUCUCAGUCGUAUUCGCUUCGUUUUGAGAACAGGUGUACCUAAUAUUGUGGCCUCCUCAUGUGUACCUAACUGUACUGAGAACACGGUAGCGGUGUUUAAGACUUGGGUGUAACUUUUUAAUACACAAACUGAUCUAUGCUGUAACAGGAUUCCUCUCAACACACACUAACUUAUUCAACUUUGACAGGUAAUUCGAUCUGUGUGCAUGAGAUCAAUAAAGGAAUUAAUUCUAAUCUGUACAGAAAAAAA